AUGGCCAAUACGAAGGAUAAGAAGCAGUGUGGAGAGUGUCAAUUGUUCAUUAAUGAUCUUGAGCCUAUCGGUUGUGGUUUUUGUGGCAAUUUUUUCCACAUCAGCCAGCAGUGUUGUGGAUUCAACAUCCGCCUUAAUAGGGAGCUGUUCACCCAGGGUAAGGUCAUUUUUAUAUGCACCCAAUGUCGUAACGAGCUCAACGGACGAAGUAUCCGCCGUUAUAUAGACGAUAACUCGAUCUCGGAUGGAAAUUCCGUCCCAAUAACCGCGCUUGACAAGCUUACUCAACAGCUCGACUCACUAUCUAAAAAAGUCGAUGAUAUGGCUCAGAAGCAAUAUCCUCCGAUAACAGCUUCCUCGUUUCCCCCUUUGAAAGGGACACCGCGAACGUAUCCGUCUCCGAACAUUAAACGUCGCCAAGGUAAUGAUGGACUAUCUCUUGUGUCUUCCACAAUGACCGGGACUAAGGCUGUCGAUCUUAGCGAUCUAUCAGUCUCGUUUAUUGUACCUCCUCCCGCAACACCUAAGUUCUGGUUGUACCUAGCUGGUCUCCAGCCGCAGAUCACGGACGAAGAUGUUGACAAAAUAAUAUCCCGCUGCUUGAAUCCUUCUACACCAGUUGAAAUGAAACGACUGCUACCGAAAGGAGUUGAUGGGUCCACUCGUAGAUAUGUGUCUUUCAAAAUUGGAUUGGAUCCUAUGUACAAAGAUGCUGCAUUGAACCCCAUGACGUGGCCUACAGGGUUGCUCUUUCGGGAAUUUGUGGAUCAGCCAAAAAACUACAACCGGCAGCCUUUGACUCCUGCCCCAAUGGUUCAACGUUUUCAACCUAUGGAAGCUACUACCCCGACCGUAUCCGGCCCUGGUCGAUCCACAACCGCACCAGCGGCCCUGAUGUAG